AUGAGUCCGCGGCCUACAGCCGAGUCCUGGUGUCUUCUUCUUAUCAGGGACCAAUUACUGAAUUCUUCUUUCAACUACAUCAGUCAAUCAUUGCUGCCCCGGACUUAUUAUGCGGGGUGUAUACAUCUAGAGUAUUUGGAUAAUAGCACUGCCGAACCAACAAAGGAAGACUAUGCACGGAAGAUUGACCGUCGAAUUCUGCCCUUGGUAGCUUUGACUUACCUCUUGUGCUAUCUGGACCGGACCAACAUCGGGAACGCAAAAGUCCUCAAUAGCGACACAGAUGAUGAUCUCAUGUCUUCGAUUGGCGGUGGUUGUUCAUCAUCGAGGGCUUACCAUUGUAAUUUUUGGCUGUCGCCGUUUCAGAGUUACCCAGAGAAGGCAAAGUGGCUCACUGCUAAAGAAAAGUCUAUUCUGCAAGCCUCAUUUGGUCAGAAUAUCCCUCGAGGCGCCACUGCAGCAUCACUAGCAAGUGGUCCCAAUAUUGCGUUCACCGGACCACGUCAGAUCAUAGGCGUGUGGAUCUAUCAAGAUCAACCGGCCCUUCGUUAUCAGACUGGUCAUUCUGUGAAUGCUGCUAGUCAAUUUCCUGCAAUGCGUUCGCAUUGGGUCUCUGGUGCUCUCAUCGGCGACGGAAUGCUAAUCUUGCUCCGGGUGAGCAGAAAUGGAUUCCCUGAUUUGAUUCUGAUGUUUUGUGUGCUCCAGUAA